AUGAGAAUCACCCUCUCGGUUUUGUUUCUCUUCCUGGCUUCACCCCUCGUGGUAGAUGCCAAGUCCAAGCGUCGUCAAAGCCGCCCAAAACGAAAAUUGCGCAAUCUCCCUCAUCGUACCCGAGCAGCCGAGUUUCGUGCGGGCAACCUGGAAAAAAGAAAUGGCGAAUGGAUCAAGAAACGGGCUACCACCCCAAAGUCAACGACCAAAAAGAACAAGAAAGCCACCGGAAGUCUUCGUCGACGACAACUUCAAACUGAGGCCGGUUCUUGGUCAGCGGCCAACAGCUGGGUGAACAAUAAAAAUCCUCCUUAUGCGUCGGUGGCGCGAGCACAAGCAUUGGGUCUGGCCAACCUGUUCUUUGCCACGAGAGGUGGUUCCUGGACGUUCAACAGCAACUGGUUGACCUACCACAUUUCCUACUGUCAGUGGUACAAUCAAAAAGAUGCCCAAGAUAUUUGUGAGGACAUUAGCCUUAUUCCGGGUGUCAUUGACCAGGCGUUGAUUGAACUCGAGUUGAGGCAAAACAACUUGGUCGGAUUUCUUCCCACGGGUCUGGGUGGACUGACACUGUUGGAAGAAUUGGACAUUCAAGAAAACUCCAUUGGAGGGACAUUGCCACCGCAGAUUGCCAACAUGGCUCGAUUGGAUGAGCUCAAUGUGGGAGAAAACAACCUGGUGGGCCGCAUUCCUAACUUUGCCAGUAUGCCCGAGCUGGAACACUUGUAUUUGGACCGGAACAGCUUGACAGGAACAGUCCCAUCCGGUACAGAGCUGCCUGCCUCAUUGAAGGACAUUGAUUUGAGGGAGAACCAGCUGGAAGGUUCCAUUCCCUUGUCCUUGUUGGGUUUGACGAAUCUCCAGUCCAUCAAUCUCUACUAUCUCAAGAACUUGACUGGUACAGUGCCAGACGACCUCUAUACUAUGCCUGAAUUGGAAGAAAUUGACUUUGAAUACAACUACUUGAUCGACACCAUUCCUGCUUCCAUUGGACAGUCAAGCACUUUGGAGUACAUUUCGGUCAAGGACAAUUACUUUUUUGGCGCCAUCCCAUGGCAAAUCUUCAACAUCAGUUCGCUCGUAGAGUUGCGCCUAGAUGACAACCGCUUCAGUGGUCGGCUACCCACCAACAUUCCAAUCCAUACUAACCUGGUCGAACUCCAGCUGGACGACAAUAAGCUAGUGGGCCCGAUUCCGCCUCAAUUUGGCAAUCUCGUUGCCUUGGAAAAGUUGACGUUUGGGGAUAAUGAUCUCACCGGUACAGUGCCAGCCGAGUUGACGAGACUUGUGAAUCUCACAACGCUGGAUCUCAAUGAAACCAACUUGAUUGGAGCCAUCCCCGCCGGCCUGUGCCGAGUCCCUGAGCUCAUUUUCGAAUGUCGACCAGGUGUGGGUCUCUGUGGAUGUUCGUGUGCGUGCCCCCCUGGAGUUGUUCCCGCAAGCCCCGCUCCGCCUCUAGUGAUCCCCUCCAAUCCAGUGCCAGUACCCGCCGUCCCUGCCCCUCCUCUACCAGUGCCGGUCGUGCCUGCUACUCCUCCACCAGUCCCAGUGCCUGUGCCAGCCACACCAGCUCCAUUCAUUAUUCAAGCCACACCAGCUCCAUUCAUUAUUCAAGGUACACCAGCGCCGUUCACGAUACCAGAGAUUACCGUCACACUUCCUCCCGUGUAUAAUACACCAGUGGCUACACCAGCUCCCGUCUCAACACCCGCACCCAUUCCUUUCCCUGCACCACCAACUCCCGCCGGCUCUGGAAUCACCGUUACGAUUCCUCCACAGACUCCUGCUCCGGUUGGAGGAGGCAUUACAGUGACAAUUUCAAGGGCGAAUACUCGAAUCUUUGACGGCUCGAAUUAG